CGUCACAUGUUGUUUUUCUCCAGGAUCAGAUCAGUCCCCCCGGUCUGGUCCGGCUGUACUCUUGCUUCCACCGUGGCGGAGAGCGGACGCAUCUUUUCGGUGUCUGCGAUGGAUUAGACGUCUUCAUUUUUUUUUUUUUGUUCUCUUACUAAAAACGGCAUCUUUUUGAAGUGUGUUUUUUGUUGUUGUUGCUGUGAGUAAACCCCCCCCCUCCCCCAAAAAUAAAAUAAAUACGGAACAAGAAGCUUGCUCAUCUGGAACUUUGAGGGCUGGCUGAGAGGGGGGAAGAACACAAAGAAGAGACGUGGAGAAGAAAUGGCAAGUCCUCCGGCGACGGGAGGACACCUGUUACCUAGUGGGACUAACGGCGUGAAGAAGUGCGGAUACCUGCGGAAGCAGAAGCACGGACACAGGCGCUUCUUCGUGCUGCGCGAGCCCACGGAGCGCUGCCCCGCGCGCCUGGAGUACCACGAGAGCGAGAAGAAAUGGAGGAACAAGUCCGCCGCGAAACGACUCAUAACUUUGGACUCGUGUCUGUGCGUGAACAAGCGGGCCGACGCCAAACACAAGCACCUCAUCGCCCUCUACACCAAGGACGAGUACUUCGCGGUGGCUGCGGACAGCGAGCAGGAGCAGGAGAGCUGGUACACGGUUUUGACUGAUCUAAUAGCCGAGGGGAAAGUGUACGACGGCCCCGCUUCCACCUCCUCAUUAGUGGGCUUUGAGGAAGCCAGCUACGGGCUUAUUGCCCCUGCAACAGCUGCCUAUAAGGAGGUGUGGCAGGUCAACUUGAAAUCCAAAGGUCUGGGUCAGAUCAAGAACCUCACUGGGGUGUACAGGCUGUGCUUGUCCAGCAGGACCAUCAGCUUCGUCAAGCUGAACUCCGAAACAGCCGCUGUCAGUUUGCAGCUCAUGAACAUUAGGCGAUGUGGCCACUCGGACAGCUUCUUCUUCAUCGAGGUGGGCCGCUCGGCGGUCACCGGGCCCGGGGAGUUCUGGAUGCAGGCGGAAGACUCUGUGGUGGCGCAGAACAUCCACGAGACAAUCCUCGAGGCCAUGAAGGCCAUGAAGGAGCUGUCCGAGUUCAGGCCGCGGAGCAAGAGCCAGUCGGCCAGCACCAACCCCAUCUCCGUGCCCACGCGGCGCAACCUCAACAACCUCCCCCCCAGCCAGACGGGCCUGGUGAGGAGAUCAAGAACGGACAGCAUGGCGGCGACGUCCCCCGGAAGAAAGUUCACGUCCUGUCGGAUUAGAACGGCGAGCGAGGGGGACGGAAGCGUGACCCGGCCCGUGUCCAUGUCUAUAUCUGUGAACGGGAGUCCCACAAGUCCAAAAGCUGGGAAUCACCUCAUCAGGUCCCACACCCUCAGCAGUGGGCGCACCUGCAGAAUGCUUGAUUCCUCCUCAAACCUGCAUCAUAGCCGAUCCAUGCCGGUGUCCAACUCCCCGCCAGGCACCUCAAGCCCCAUCAGCAUGUCUCCCAGAGGGGGGGCCCACAUCUGCACUCCUGACAAAGCCAGGCGGCCUUUCAGCUGCAGCGCCUCCAUCUCCGGCUCCCUCAGUGACACUGGCUUCAUGCUAUGUGACGACUACAGCUCCAGCCCGGGUGAACUCCGAUUCGUUCCCCUGACCCGCAGCAACACUCCUGACUCCAUGUCCAGCACGCCCCCAUCCCGUGACAUCAACGACCCUUGUGGCUACAUGAUAAUGGAGGGGGCGAACUGCAGCAGGUCCGGGGCUGGCGGCGGGCGCGACGAGGCUUACAGGAAGCGGACGCACUCCCUCACCACACCACGUCAACAGCAGGUGGCGGCGCCGCUGUCGUCAGCCUCCCUGGAUGAGUACACGCUCAUGAGGAUGUUACCCAAAGUGUGUUACCCCGAGGAUUAUGGAGACAUUGAAAUCGGUUCAUCCAGGAGCUCCAGCAGUAACCUUGCCGAUGAUGGCUACAUGCCAAUGACGCCAGGCGUGGCAGCCCUGUCAGGCAAAGUGGACAACUACGUGUCCAUGAGCCCCAUGUGUGUCUCGGCACCGAAGCAGAUUGUGAACCCUCGGGUGCAUCCUCAGGCGCCGGCCGGCGGAUACAAGACCAACUCCCCCUGCAGCAGCUCUAUGGAGGACAACGGCUACAUGAGAAUGUGGUGUGGCUCCAAGUCCUCCAUGGAGAGCCCAGAACGGCACGGUGACUACAUGAACAUGUCACCUGGAAACCCACCUCCACUCCAGACGCCCCCUGAUUACUACUUGGGUCUGCUUGCGGGGGAACCAGCAUCAGUGAGGUCAGUGUACCAGGCCGGCUCCCUCGCGCUCCCUCAACUUCAGGCCUCCAAGAAUGAGGAAAGCAGUCAGUACGUCUUGAUGAGCCCUCAGAAUUUGAGGCAGAGGGUGGGGGAGUCAGACUAUUAUUCAGUGAUGCAGCGUGCAGCCAAUACCUCACCGCUGAGUCCAUCGGUACCCUCCCCAGUCAGACACGGUCGGGCGGAGAACCUGGCCUAUAGAGAGCUCGGCAGGCCAAACCGGCUAUCCCUCGACACCCUGAGGACCCUGCGCAUGAACGAGCACCCCCUGCCUGGAGAACCCCGGAACUCCGGAGAAUACAUUAACAUUGAGUUCAGUGACGCCAGAUUCUCCCCGCCCUCCGUCGUCUCCACAGAGAGACCGUCUUCAUCACCGGGCUCCAAGUCGGGUCCUGGGAGGUCCUCCCUGGCAGACUACAUGAACCUGGAGCUGGCCUCACACUCAUCCAAGGGUGACACCCCCGCUGAAAGCUUGGACACACUCCCAGAGUUAUCCAUGUGCUCAGAGGAGGAUGGAGCAUACCACCAGGGUAGUGAGAGAGGGUCUCAGGGCCUCGGUGUUGAGGUGAAAAAUGACUACACUGAGAUGACAUUUGGGAUGACCAGCUCGCCUCCACAGCUUGUUCCUCAGAACACAGCAAGCUGCCAGAGCAGGCUCUCUAUGGGAGACCAGGGAAUGCCAGAAGGCAUUGGGGUCUUCCUGCUUGAGGCCACCCCUUCCUCCACAGUGGACCCUGACUGCUCUGCUAAGGUGAUCCGGGCCAACCCACAUGGACGCCGGCGCCACAGCUCCGAGACCUUCUCCUCCACCGCCACGGUGACGCCAGUCUUCCCCUCAUUUGCCCACGGCGACACGAUAAAGAGGCACAGCUCGGUGGAGAACAUCUCGUCCCGGAGCAGCGAGGGCUCUGACGAGGAGUACGAGCCCGUGAACGGCAGAGCUCUGCCGCCUACCCCGAGCGGGCUGAACUACAUUGCCUUGAACCUGCUGGACAACAGGGACGUGGAGAAAUGCGAGGACCUGGCCGGCUUCAAACCCACCAGCAACUGCAAGGGGGGUAUCAAUGGAUUACACAGCUCACCAUAUGUCUGUUUGGGAUUCAAGGAGUCUGCAACCACUGCCAAAGACUGAAGGACUCCUCCACUCUUUGAAUUGGCGUCUUCACCGACUUGCUGCUCAGAAGAAAAGAAGAAAAAAAACCUCCACUUUACCCAUCCACUGGGCUCUAUGGCCCUAGAAGACUUUCUGGACCCUGAGCAACAACCACACACACUUAGGAAACAAGCAGGUCACGUCUAUGCAUGUCAUGAAUUUUCGCUGAAGGCAGUGUGUGUGUGUGUGUGUGUGUGUGUGUGUGUGUGUGUGUGUGUGUGUGUGUGGAUUGUUUGCGUCACGUAUCAGUGUGUCUCAUGUUCCCUGCGCUUUUAGAGGCCAUCUCACCUGUGACCCACAUUUUUGCGCAAGCACAGAGGCAAAGAUAGUCAGAGAGUAACACAACUCUUAAUGGAACCCAGAUACUAUUUAUUUACCUGAGGGUAGUUUAAGACUGCCGGUGUGAGUGCGAGUAUGUUUCUGAGACAAAGUCCAUAUAAACCGGUACGGUGAACAAAGAAACUUACCAUACAAAUGGCCCAGGGAGCGAGGAUACCAAGGUACACGCAGUAUACAACAAUUUUUAGAUUAAUAUGUUAUUUAUUUUUGGAAGAUGAAUGUCUGAUAGGACCUACCAAUGCCUUAAUGUCUAUACUGUCCUGAGAGAUAAUAUUCUAUUACGGUAUGUCUGUUUUUGACCUACAUCUCUAUAUUGUUAUUCUGUUGUGGAACUUAAAAUGCUUACCAGUAAAGAUAUUAUUUCAGAAAUAUACAGUACAGUGGGGCUGCUUGAGAUCUGAUUUAUCGUAUUGAUAUUAAAGUAUUUUCUUAAUUACUAAUUUCUUAUUUAUUCUAACCUAGUUUAUUUUUUCGCUGGACUUAAAGAAUUAUAUUUCUAAAUGUCGUUAAGAGUUAUGCAUGUCUUUAUAACUCAGCUCAAACCCCACAACACCAGGCAUCUGAAUGCACUGUACCUCCCACAGUUCCUCAGUCACUUGAGCCCCUAAGACCUCACACACUCCUACCUUCAAACCUAUACGGCCUGCCGCUGAGCUCGAUGCAGGCCGAUCUGCUGUGAUAUCAUUUGACGGUACAAACUGUAUAGUUGAGGUGACGACGGAGGGGUGGAGCCAAUGAAAAAGGACCCGGUUGGGGCACAGUGGAGACGGUUUCUGGUCAAUCGCUGAGAAAGUAGAAGUAACACAUCUGGCACCAUCAUGGAGGUUUACUGGAAAACAUAGCUUUAUUGCAGACCGCAUACAAAGUUUCAUCUGGCUGAAGAGAAUUAUGUAAUGUUAAAGCAAAACAAUGUAACUAGGUGACGACUAUGUAAUUACAAUUAUAAGAUAAUGCAAAAACAAAUUAGAUCACAUAGAAAAAAAUGCAUCAAGUCAGUUUAUCUAAUGUUUGCUAACAUUCACCACUAUCUUGCUGGCUAUCAGCUAAAAGUAGCUACUGGCUGUCAUGAGCUAACGGCAGCUACUGGCUGUCAUUAGCUAACAGCAGCUACUGGCUGUCAUUAGCUAACAGCAGCUACUGGCUGACAUUAGCUAACAGCAGCUACUGGCUGACAUUAGCUAACAGCAGCUACUGGCUGACAUUAGCUAACAGCAGCUACUGGCUGACAUUAGCUAACAGCAGCUACUGGCUGACAUUAGUUAACAGCAGCUACUGGCUGACAUUAGUUAACAGCAGCUACUGGCUGACAUUUAGCUAACAUCAGCUACUGGCUGACAUUAGCUAACAGCAGCUACUGGCUGACAUUAGCUAACAGCAGCUACUGGCUGACAUUAGCUAACAGCAGCUACUGGCUGACAUUAGCUAACAGCAGCUACUGGCUGACAUUAGCUAACAGCAGCUACUGGCUGACAUUAGCUAACAGUAGCUAGCAGCAUCCACUGCAGCCACAAGUAGCCAGCCAUUUCAGCAUAAUGAUAAAAAGCUAAUGGACUUCUACCAUUAUCUAACGUGAGCUAGGCUACCAUAAGCGUAUCAUUGCUGAUAAACGUUUGAAUAGUUGAAAGAAGGUCUUAUUUCUUUCAAAAGUUAAAGGUCUUGGAAACUAAAACUGAAGCUUUAUCCUUUCAAAAUGUCUGCCAGGUGGUUUGUUAACAUCAUCUGAAAGCCCUCUGUAAUGUCCCGACUGUUUGGUCCUCGAGUCGUCCACUGUGCCAACUCCAACCGGCUCACAAGCCCCUUUAGUGUACAGUAGAUUGUAAAACCAUAACCAUGUCUGAAUGUAUCGCUGAGCUGGUAGGAACACCACACAAACAUAACGUGGUUAACGGUUUUAACAGAGUUUAAUAAUAUUGGAGCUUUACCAUGUUAAGUUGUGAUAUCUAUUUAUCUACAGAGUCUUGAAUGUGUAUAUUAUGUACAUAGAAAGAGUUUAACUAAAAACAAUCUAUUGAAAAUACAUAGUUCUUAGAUUUGACCUAUGUUGCAAGGAUAUUCCUGUGUAAAGACUUUGGCUACCAAUUUUUCAAGGGGAUGGGUUUUUUGCUUUGGGGUUGUACAGUAUAUCAUAUGCUUUUCUCCCUCACAGUCUUGGACUAUAUGAAAAAUAAUACUCUUUUAUUAUAGAGAUCUCUUUGCCUUGUUGACAGACUUUACCUAAUGGCAUAUGCAAUAGUGAAAUUAAUACAAUCUAGUUUACAACCGUGGAACCAAAUGUAACAUUGCAUUGAUGAUUAAUUUUCUUCUUGUGGUGAGCAGAAGCUGUUUCUCUCCUUGUACAGUUCUCUUUCUGCCAAGUGUUUGUUUUUUUGUCGCUGGGGAUCUUUGUUCUUGACAUGUCUCAAAGCUCUUUACCCAUUUUUGUGUCCAUGGACAGACAGACUGGUCUUGGAUUGACUCAGUCUGGAUGCGUCGUUGUCUUCCAUUGUACAUAAUUCAAUAUACUGUUUAUGUGAUGCUCACAAGAGAUGAUUAUAAUGAUUUAUGAAUUCUGGUAGUCGAGUAUUGCUUUUGUCUGUAUUGAUUAUGGAUAGCAACCUACAGAAAUAAAUGAAUUUAUUUAAAGAGUCA